AGCUACAACACUUUCUUGAUUUCUUCUACCCUCUCUCUGUGUGUUUUCAAGGUCUCAACGGCUACAAUGGCUGCUACGAGAUCACUUCUUCUUUCUCUGUCAAUUCUACUUCUACUUUGCUUCAACACUUCUUGCAAAGAUACCCAUGAUCUUGAUGAAGAAGAUCUUAGUUUCCUAGAGGAAGAUGAACACGACGCCGCCGAAUCACCCCUUCACGGUUACGAGGACCAUGAUUUCGAGAACUAUGAUGAUUUGGAUGAUUUCGGAGACGGGGAGGGAGAAUACCCAGAUUCAGAAUCGGCUCCCGAAGUUGAGAUCGACGAGAGUGAUGUAGUGGUGCUAAAUGGGUCAAAUUUCCAUGAUUUCUUGGAGAAAAAUAGGUAUGCCAUGGUGGAGUUUUACGUGCCGUGGUGUGGGCAUUGCCAAGCUCUGAAACCGGAGUAUGCGGCGGCGGCGACGGAGUUGAAGGCGGAUGAGGUAGCGCUGGCGAAGAUGGACGCUGGAGAGGAGACUGAACUGGCCCAAAAGUACAAUGUUGAAGGGUAUCCUACUGUGUUAUUCUUUAUUGACGGUGUUCAUAAGCCUUACAACGGUGCGAGGAACAAGGAUGCUAUUGUGACUUGGGUGAAGAAGAAGAUUGGUCCUGGUCUACACAAUUUGACCACAACCGAGGAAGCUGAAAGCAUAUUAACCAGCGAAUCACCAGUAGUUGUGGCCUUUGUGGAAAAUUUAGUGGGUCCAGAUAGUGAAGAACUUGCUGCAGCUUCAAAACAAGAAGAUGAAGUAAGCUUCUACCAAACUUCCAGUGCUGAUGUGGCAAAGCUUUUCCACAUUGACCCAAAAGGGAAACGACCAGCUUUGGUAUUGGUAAAGAAGGAAGACGAGAAAGUUAGCCACUUUGGGGGUCAGUUUGUAAAUUCCGCAAUAACAGAGUUUGUCUCAAAGAACAAGCUCCCUCUUGUGAUUUACUUCACUCGUGCAAGUUCUUCACAAGUAUUUGAGAACCCAAUCAAGAAUCAGGUGAUUCUUUUUACUACUUUGAAUGAAACCGAGAAGUACCUUCCUAUAUUCCAAGAAGCAGCAAAAUAUUUUAUGGGAAAGGCUCUUUUUGUAUACGUUCCAAUGGACGAAGAAGAUGCUGGUAAACCAGUUGCAGAAUACUUUGGCAUUGAAGGAAGUGCUCCAAAAGUGAGUAUUUCCAUCAUCAUCAUCAUCAUCAUCAUGCAUUCUCCACCUCACUUCCUUUAA